CCAGUCAACAACCUUUCAUGAGUUCAAUUAUGAGUUGUUUUUUUUUCUGACACUUUUUUUCUGUUGUAAAAAGGUUUUGUCAUCUUAUUUUCAAUUUCUUAAUGUCUAUCAUCAUAUUACAAUUUUAACUUCACUGAAAUUUUGCCUAGCUUUACUGCAAAAAAUAGAUACCUUUAUAGCUGAUGUCUCAUUAUCAAGAUAAUCACAUCGGUUUAUAUUGUAUUGACAAUAUUUUCUUUAUUUAAUCGACCAAAUUGAAUUUCCAGUUAAAAAUUGAUUGAGCUUUUUAGAAUUCAAGUUAAUAUUUUCUUUAUGGUGGGUGAGAGGCCUAAGUAAUUUCAUUUGAACUUUGCUGAACUGGCAUUUUGUUGUCAUUGCUAUCACUGAAAGGGCUCGAGGGCGACUGCUUUCUCUUUGUUGCUUCAUUCUGAUUGCAAAAGGAAUUGUCACGUGUCGUUAAUGGCAACGUGCACCCAAACUCUGGAGUGAUCCAAGGUUAGCUGCUUGUUUAAUGUUGAUUUUUGUAAAAAGAACAUGAACAAAAAGAUUUCUUACAUCAUUAUUCCAACUAUUUUCUUCUUCGCCAUCUUUAAGGAAUCCAUUACCACACUGAAAUUAUUUGAAAAUUCUAACUCGAAAGACCACCAGAGUGCUCGUUUUUAUUCCGAAAGGUUUUCACUUACGGAACAAUUACAUCCUCUCACGGAAAUUUUAGUUAUUUCUGAAGCUAGAUCUGGAUCAUCGAUGCUUGCAGAACUUUUAUGUAAUUUAGAGACUCCUGGUAAAUGUUUCCACAGUUUCGAGCCACUUUGGUCAAUUGUGGCAUCGCCUUUUACGCGUUUAACUAAAUUCGAGUUACCAAGUUCUGAUUUCGCAGAGCUGAUUCUGAAUGAAACUUUCAAUUGCAACUUCAACGGAAUGAUAAAACCAUUUUUCGAGAUGUGGCCCCACCAAAAGAAGGUCUUCGAUCUUUUUGCACCCCAAAAUGUGACUCUGCAGAAUCUUUUCAGCAAUGAUUCGAUAUCAGCUACAACAGAAGUGUGCAAAAAGUCAAUUUUAAAAGUAGUGAAAAUUAUUCGGCUGCGUUGUUUCGAAGACAGUGUAGAAAUUUUGGAAAGCUUGCUAAAAAGUCGGCCAAAUUUGGCGGUCAUUGCAAUUAUACGAGAUCCCAGAGCUGUGUUCAGUAGUAGGUUGAAAACGAAAAGAAUGGCACACAAAUCAUACGACGAAUGCUGCAUAAACACUUUCAAGACUUCGAUUUCAGUCGAACGAAUUCGGUCAAAAGGAUAUUUAAGUCGAGUUCAUCUUUUAAAAUAUGAACAGCUGGCUUUGAGGCCAAUUGAAACAGUUCAAGAGAUGUCACACUUUCUGCGCCUUGGAGAUAUUAGCUCCCAUACAAGAGAUUGGAUUGAACAAAACCUGAUGAGCAAGAAUCCCGUGAAAACAAAUAGUGGCUACUUGACAAAAAAUAAAAACGCAGUUGAUCACAUCCAAACUUGGAACCCAGAAGAGUUCAACAACAAAUCCAUUAUUUGCUGGCAUGUGUUGAAACAUUUGCAAUACAACACAAUUUAUUAAACUCUUAAAUGAAUUAUAAGUUCAAUUUCAAAUCUAAUAGCUGAUAAUUUCAUAGUGCUAUCUUACAAUACGGAUCAGCUACUAAGACACUACGGCAUUCAAAUUGAAAAACAAAACUGAUUACUGCAAUAGUUUUUGGGCU